AUGUCGCGCCCCUCAGUAUUAACCUGCGUUAUCGUCGCCGCCAGCGUCUCUCUUUUUCUCGUCGUCUUUACUUUCUUCCAAGAAUCUCUGGAAGUCCCUUGGACUUAUGUACACAGCAAAGCAGAAGAGUAUCUAAACACAAACACAGAUACAAGCACAAACACAAACUCAACAUCGUCAUCACAAAACACCACUUCUUCAGUACAUAACUGUCAAGACCCUUAUCGUCAACCUGGUUACCUUUAUAUCCCGGCUGAUAUAAACGGCACCGACCAAUACAAAAAGACACAAUGGAUUCCUUUCUCUGACGACCUUCUUGAUGCUGCCGCUCCCGAUUAUGCUGUCUAUCCCCCAGCCGGCGAAGUCAUCUUCAACGCGACGGAACCGGAGUCUGACUACGCCAAGCACUCUUCUACACCGCGACAAUGGCUCCCUGAAGCUAUCGCCGAGAGCGCUCGUCGAAAGAAGGCUAUUAACGCCGAUGGCAAGACCAAGGUCGAUGCCUUCGCAUCUAUGAAGGAUGAUGGUGACUUCGGCUGGCUCUGGGGUCGUCGCAUCAUUCUGUUCAGUGACUCCGUCGAUCGAUUCAUGAUGCAGUUCUUCUGCAGCGAGUUCAAGCGUCCUAUGCAACAGCCAAAGCCCCACACAAUCGCCAGCUGCAGCAUUCCCGAGUUCAACCUGACCUUUACCCACUGGCAUCAUGCUGGCUCCAUGACAUACCGACCCGAGUGGUGGUGGAUGGACGACAUGGAAGAGAUCGCCUUUGAAGAGCGCUGGGAUAAGUACUGGACGCCCAUGUACGACCAGGUCCGCGGGCCCAACAACAGACCCGACCUUAUUCUCUGGCAGAACGGACUCUGGGACCAGCGCGCCUUCUGGGAAGCUGGUGAAGCGAACCACGAAAUCGAUGUGUAUCCCAUGGGAACCCGCGUGCGCCAGCUAGUCUGGCAAGAAAUCCGCUUCGCAGCCGCCCGCACCCGUGAUUUCGUCGAGCGCAUCCAGCGAGAAUUCCCUGGCUCGCCAACCAUGUUCCGCAGCAUGACAGUGCACCGUAUGAGCGACGCCACCGAUGCAAGCAUUUACGAUCUCGAGAGAUUAUCCCGUGCGAUUGCAGCAAAGGCGGGCCACGAGGUUUUUGAAUGGGGACGUAUGAUUACUUCCCUUUCGAUGCUGUAUAAGGAUAAGACCCAUCCUGGAAAGGGACCUGCGAGUUGGCUUUGGGGAAACAUGGUGCUUGAGUAUCUUGCGCGUGUGGGUGGUGCGGGAGAUGAGGCGAGGAAACCUUACUUUGAUGGAUGGGAUGAGUGCCAUGAUGAGUUGGUGGGCUGGGGUGGACGAUAG